AUGUUGGUAGAAGAAAAAAGUAGUGGGGUGACUAAAAAGUGCACCAGCAAAAGUAACAUGUGCAAUGAAGGUGAACAUAUAAGUAUUAUUCCAAAGACCGUAUCCUUCAACGAAACAAAAAACAAAGUACAUAUCAUGUAUGCAUGGCAAUAUGCAUAUAGAGAAGCUCGAAGAAGUAACGGGGAGAUGGCAGAUAGAUGUAGGUUUCAAAGGCGAGUGCAACUAGUCGAAGAAGUGUUAAAAAAAUACUUGACAGUAGAUUAUAGGCAAACAGUGUUUACAGAAAGGUUCAAAGUGUAA